UCUGAAGGAACUGGUAGGGAAGGGGAGUGGUUGCUUGGUGGUCCGGGGGAGGGGAUGAGGCAGAGUGGAGAGGAGGGAGCAGAACCAGAGUCUCACUUUGAGGUCCUGGUCUGCCUCGGGCGUGAAUGCUGCCGCGGUGACUCCAGACCUGAGCCGACAACUGAGCCUCGGACCUGACCCCGCUUUCUCCACUGAGGGCUGCAUCUGCAAUUAACGACCGGGGGUGGGGUCACUUUGUGCACUGAGCAAAACUUGGACUUUCUGCAAACCUUUCCCCACCCGCCGCCUCCUUAUAUGUUACCGCCAGACCCCCUGCGGAGGUGAAAAGGUCCACUGACCCCCCGGCGAUGGAGUACCUCAACUUGUGCGUGGUGUUUUCCUGCUGGAUGGCGUGUGCAGACUCCCUGGGGUCCUCCGACACGCCCAAGGCUCCCGUGCCCAUUCCCCACGACAAAAUGCUGGUGAUCACCGUGGCAACGGAACAAACUGACGGCUUCCUCCGCUUUAUGCAAUCUGCUAACUAUUUUCACUACGCUGUGAAGGUGUUGGGAUUGGGAGAGGCGUGGAAGGGUGGUGACGUUGGACGAUCUAUAGGUGGAGGACAAAAAGUCAGACUACUGAAGGAGGCCAUGGAAGGUUUAGCGGAGCAGGAAGAUCUGGUGGUCCUCUUCGUGGAUAGCUAUGAUCUUAUCUUCGCCGGGGGACCAGAGGAGAUUCUCAGGAAGUUCCAGCAAGCCAAUCACAAAGUCAUUUUUGCUGCAGAGGGCUUGGUCUGGCCAGAUAAGAGGCUGGCUGACAAGUAUCCCUCGGUUCGCAGUGGCAAGCGCUACCUCAACUCAGGAGGAAUAAUUGGGUAUGCACCGUACAUAAACCGAAUUGUUUCACAGUGGACCCUUCACGACAACGACGACGACCAGCUCUUCUACACUAAGAUAUUUGUGGACCCUCUACAAAGAGAGUCUCUCAAUAUGACUUUGGACCACAAAUGCCAGAUUUUCCAGAACCUGAAUGGAGCAAUCGACGAAGUACUUUUGAAGUUUGGAACUGACCGCGUGAGAGUUAGGAACAAGAUGUACGACUCUCUGCCAGUGGUUGUUCACGGCAACGGGAACACUAAAAUGUACUUGAACUACUUGGCCAACUACGUCCCCAACACCUGGAACUACGAACACGGCUGCAGCCACUGUGACGACCACGUCCUGGACUUGUCUCAGGUGAAAGAGUACCCCAACGUGCUGGUUGGCGUCUUCAUUGAGCAACCCACGCCGUUCCUUCCCGAGUUCUUCCAGCGGCUGAUGACGUUGGACUAUCCCAAAGAUAAACUCAAGGUUUUUGUCCACAACAACGAGGUUUACCACGAGAGGCACAUCCAGAAGUUCUACGAAGCCCAUAAGAACGUGUUCAAGAGUUUCAAGGUGGUUGGACCGGAAGAGAAUCUGAGCCAGGGAGAGGCCAGAAACAUGGGCAUGGAUCUCUGCCGCCAGGACUCCACAUGCGACUACUACUUCAGCAUUGACUCAGACGUGAUGCUCACCAACGGGCAGACGCUGAAGCUCCUCAUCGAGCAGAACAGGAAGAUAAUCGGCCCCCUGGUCACCCGCCACAGCAAGCUGUGGUCCAACUUCUGGGGAGCUCUGAGUCUGGACGGUUAUUACGCUCGCUCGGAGGAUUACGUCGACAUCGUGCAGAGAAAACGGGUGGGUUUGUGGAACAUUCCUUACAUGGCGCACAUAUACCUGGUCCAGGGCGGCGCUUUGAGGAAGGAGCUGAAAGAAAGGAACUACUUUGUUCUUGAGAAACUGGACCCGGACAUGGCUCUGUGCAAACACACCAGAGACCUGACCAGUCACAGAGAAAAAGAAUCCCCUUCUCCGGAAUCAUUCCAUAUGCUCAGGCCCCCAAAGGGAAUCUUCAUGUACUUAACGAACCGCCACAGCUUUGGAAGGCUCAUUUCCACAGCCAAUUAUAACACCUCUCGUUCUAACGGUGACCUGUGGCAGAUCUUUGAAAACCCUCUGGACUGGAAGGAGAAGUACAUCCACCCCAACUACAUGAAGAUUUUUACUGAGAACGACAUCGAAGAGCCUUGCCCAGAUGUGUUUUGGUUCCCGGUCUUCACAGAAAGAGCCUGUGACGAGCUGGUGGAGGAGAUGGAGAACUUUGGUUCGUGGUCGGGGGGCAAACACGAGGACAAGAGGAUAACCGGCGGCUACGAGACGGUGCCCACAGACGACAUCCACAUGAAGCAAAUAGGCUUCGACAAAGAGUGGCUCCACUUCAUCCGAGAGUUCAUCGCGCCCGUCACCCUCAAAGUCUACUCCGGCUACUACACCAAGGGUUACGCCGUCAUGAACUUCGUGGUCAAGUACACACCCGGGAGGCAGUCGUACCUCAGGCCUCACCACGACUCCUCCACCUUCACCAUCAACGUGGCGCUCAACAACAAAAACACCGACUUUCAGGGCGGAGGCUGUCGUUUCCACCGGUACAACUGUUCCGUAGACUCGCCCCGGAAAGGCUGGAGCUUCAUGCACCCCGGACGACUGACCCACCUCCACGAAGGUCUACCGACCACCAACGGCACGCGCUACAUCGCCGUGUCCUUCAUUGACCCCUAGAACUUUGGAUCGAUCUUCAAAUUUGUGUCUCCUUUUGUUCAUUUGCAACCAACACAAAAAACCGUAUGACGACCCGGCAUGACUUUAUCAGGUCUCCACGGGAUUUGCAAGGACCCGAUUGAUUGGCUUCUUAUCGGUACAGUUUUUGGCUGUCGUCUUGUACCCCAAAACCUAUCCUGAGCAGCUCCAUGUACAGUAGGGAAGGGGUUCCUAUGGCCUAUCGCAGUUUGCUGAAAAUUAUGGAAAGCGCCACUCUGAAGUUGGAAUUGCCACAAGACACAUUUUAAGAUAUCAAAAAUAAUGCCAUCUAGUGGCCGACGUAGAUAGCGCAAUUUUGUCACAUUUCAUGUGUCAGGUAAACUCUG